ACAGAAAAAUGGCGACAGUCACGUUGUGGCGACUCUAUGCUGCGUCAUUAGAUAAUCUUCAUGCAAAGAAACCUAAGAACAAAGAAAAGAGAGAGAGGGGGGCACCGGGUUUGGCAUCCCAACUCCCCAUCCGCCCGCUCUCAGUUCGGCUUUACAGAGCCUCGGAAAAGUCCUGCUGGAGGAAACGUGACCGCCCAGAGCAGCGGUGCGCAGCUGGGCAAGCUGGCUUUUGUGGGCGAGGAUUCCGCUCUAACUGUUGGGUGCCCCGACCGCCGGCGUACUUUGGCGAGGGGAGCGAGCGUUUGUGUUUUGCCGUGCUUUGGCGCGCGAGGGAGAUAGAGAGAAGAGGAUUGGGCCCGGGGCUUGAGAGAGCCGUCCCAUCCCUGCCCGACCCCCUUCCGCGGAUGGAGGCUUCUGAGGAGGAAGACUGGCUCGGUGGCGAAGGCUGGAGAGAGCGAGAAGGGGCCGCGAGGGAAGGAGGCGCGAGGGAGGGAGGCAUCUGCUCCAGAGGGCGUGUGUGCCUCUUAAAACGUUGCGCACUAUUAUUUUCCUUAAGAAUCCUGGCACUGUUCGCUUCCAGUCAAGUGAUUGUAAAUAUAGCCUGGAUGUUGUUUACAUGAAACAUCCAAGGGGAGGAGCGCAGAAAGGAGGAAGAGGAAGGCGGAGGAGCCUCCCAGGCUGGCAGGGGUGAGUUAUCCCAAAAGGAGGAGCUACCAGUUAAACUAGGGCCGGAGGCUCGGGCGAGCUGUUUGGUAUGUGCGCUGGAGGCGAGCGCCUCCCCACCAAGGCUGUCGCUGCUGCUUCUGCUGCCCUCCGCGCCGGCUGUGGUCGAGCUGCCUGGCGGGCAAGUCGGUUGCUGUGACGUGCUGGCUGUCCUCCAAACUGAUCUCGACCUCUUCCUUUUCUCUAACCCAGUCCUUUCGGUUUUGAGCUGCUAAGGCUGGAAUGGCUUAGUAGGUUCCCACCAAUAAAGCAGCUGCACCGAGUUGUUCUCUAGAGUAAGUAUAAUUAAAACCUUUUCUGACUUGGUGCCUUCCAGAUUUGUGGGACUGCAGAUCCCCAGAUCCCCAGCCAGCGUGGGUUUUCCCAGUAUGCCAAGAAGGCACCAUCAUGUUGGGAAAGGGGGCGGUGCUGCUUGGGAAAAGGUUAGCCUUGGUCUCUUGCCUGGUUCUUGGUCCUCAGUUGCAGAGAAGGUCCUGCCCUCCGAACAGUCAUGCUUGCCUUUUUUAAAAUGGAUGCAGGGACAGCUCCCUGCCUCCAGCAUUGCCUCCUUGCCCCGCUUUUGCAUCUGCCAAACAUAGAGCAAAAUCAUGUCAUGCUCAUUAAAGUAACCAGGGAAGGACUUAAACCUGAAGGGAUGUUAAAAAGCAUCCUUGCUUCUUGGUAAUAUCUUGAAGAGAUCUUAACAAGCUAGGAUUAGUGGGACUUUUAAAUGCUGUCUUUGCCGAAAGUCAUGUGCCUGCCCAACUCCUGACUGUAUCAGAGGACUCCAGAUGUUAAAGAAAGCCGAUGUCACUGGUAUGAGCUGCUUCAACAUUCUUGGCAUUUUUACUCUUUCCAACCCAAUGGAAUGUUGGAGGGAAAGUAUAUAAAUGAACUCAGGACUCUGUAUGUCCACCCAUCUCUCUGUCCAUCAGCAGGGAUCACUUUCCAAAAACAGAA